AAAAGGAAAGCCACCGUCGUCUACGAUAACUCCCCCGAAACGCCCAGAUCGUGCCCAAGGUGCUAGUGCCGUAGUGGUGGUGCCGUUCCGCUCCGCUCCGCUCCGUUGCCGCGCGCGGUGGCCGCCAGACGCCAGUUCGCUGCCGCCACCACUCGCAGAAACUCCCACGCUCCCACUCCUCGGAUAACCAGGAGCGCGCGCUUCCUUCCCUCUGAGAGUGCCAGCCGCUGCUACCUUCACCACGCCAGCCAUGGCCGCCGCCGAGGUCAGGCUCUGCUCCGCGCCGGAGGUCUCACCGGCGCGCGUUUCUCUCUAGGCUCGGUCGCUGCUCCUGCUCGGUAGUUUUACUCCGUCAUCGACACGAUCUACCUUGACGAGGCCCCGGGCAGUGAGCCUAAUUGCCAUGUGAUCCCGGCUCGGCAGUGCUCAUCUCUUCCGUCGGUGGGAUCAUAAAAUAUGUGUCUCUAGGAGCGUCCUUGGGAAGUAGGAUGGUCAACAUCGGCGCAGAGUAGCUGCUAGUCGGUGCUAGAUUUGGCCUGAUUUCACUGCAGUAGACGACGCCCCCUAACCACCGCCACCACCAGAGUCUUGUCACCCGCAUCGCCGAGGUCCCACGGGGGAAUGCUUGCGUUCCCCUCCACCUACUAGAGCAACCACUCAAUUGCCUUGCUCCCCGCCCCAAAUCGCAGGAGCAGGACAGAUGCAUGGUGUAGUACAGGAGUGAGGGCGAGAAGAGAGCGAGCGAGAUGGGGGCCAUUGGAGGCGAUGAGAUGGCGCAGUGGGAUAAGGCGGAUGGAGGUGAGGUGGCCAAUGGUGGUGCGGGGAGGCUGGAGAAGAUACUGGUCUCGGUGAGGCUGAGGCCGCUCAGCGAGAAGGAGAUUGCGCGCGGGGACCUGUCGGAGUGGGAGUGCAUCAACGACACUACCGUCAUUGCCCGGAGCGCCUUCCCCGACCGGCCAUCGGCUCCGACUGCAUACUCGUUCGACAGGGUAUUCCAUUCUGACUGUGAUACUAAAGAAGUGUAUGAGGAAGGGGCCAAGGAGGUUGCGCUCUCUGUAGUUAGUGGCAUUAACUCAAGUAUUUUUGCAUAUGGCCAAACAAGUAGUGGAAAGACAUACACCAUGACUGGAAUAACGGAAUGUACAGUAUCAGAUAUUUAUGAUUACAUUGGCAAGCACGAGGAGAGAGCAUUUGUGUUGAAAUUCUCAGCAUUAGAAAUAUAUAACGAAGUUGUGAGGGAUCUUCUUAGUUCAGAAAACACUUCUCUUAGACUGUGGGAUGACGCAGAGAAGGGGACUUAUGUAGAGAACCUUAAAGAGGUGAUACUGAGGGACUGGAACCACCUCAAGGAACUUAUUUCUGUGUGUGAAGCUCAAAGGAGAACGGGAGAAACAUACUUGAAUGAAAACAGCUCCAGAUCGCAUCAGAUACUUAAAUUGACUAUUGAAAGUUCUGCUCGUGAAUUCUUGGGUAAAGACAAGUCAACGACACUUGCAGCCAGUGUGAACUUCGUUGAUUUGGCAGGAAGUGAACGUGCAUCUCAGGCACUCUCAGCUGGUGCUAGGCUGAAGGAAGGUUGUCAUAUUAAUAGAAGUUUACUUACUCUAGGAACUGUCAUUCGGAAAUUAAGCAAGGUAAGAAAUGGGCACAUACCAUAUCGAGAUUCGAAGCUCACGCGCAUAUUACAACCUUCUCUUGGUGGUAAUGCUAGAACUGCAAUUAUUUGUACAAUGAGCCCAGCCCGAAGUUAUAUGGAGCAAUCAAGAAAUACCUUGCUAUUCGCAAGCUGUGCAAAGGAAGUAGUUACAAAUGCACAGGUUAAUGUAGUCAUGUCUGAUAAAGCUCUAGUUAAGCAUUUACAAAGAGAACUUGCUAGGCUGGAAAGUGAAUUGCGAUCUCCAGCAGCUUCCUAUUCCAGUCUUGAAGCAUUGGUGAAGGAAAAGGAUAGCCACAUCCGGAAGAUGGAGAAAGAAAUAAAGGAAUUGAAGGCACAGCGUGAUCUGGCACAAUCUAGGCUGCAGGAUUUGCUCCAGGUUGUUGGAGAUAACCAUGUUUCAAAGCGCCCCCUGGCUUCUGGGAGGAACUUUACUUUCGAUGUGCCUCAACCAUGUGAAGAUCAGAAAUCAACAUCUGAAUCGUCAGAAGUAGUUGAUACUGUCCAAAAUUUUAGGUUCCAAGGACGCCGUGCAGCACAAAGGGAACUUAAGCCUCAGCAGUCCGAAAAUGAUGGGCUGUAUGCUCCGCCAUCUAGCUAUUCAGUCAGCAGUCCUCCGUUCAGUGGGAUGCCCCCAACCAGCAUCAGAGAUGAUGUUUCUCAUGUCUCAAAUGAGGAUUCAGAUGAUGUUUGCAAAGAAGUACGGUGUAUAGAGACCAAUGAAACAGAACGAAAAGAUGGUUUGGACUCAUCAGCUAUCGGGAGCGAUAGUUUGCAAGAUUCACAUGUGGGUACCAGUAUGCAUGGAAAUGAUGAUUCUGGACACCAUGAUGUAUCUCCUGUUACCCUGGAGCAACAUUUAGAGACUGUCAGAAAACCUUUUGCCAACCUUGUUCAAGAUCUAGGAUCUUCAACACGAAAUCCAUCCAGCUCUAAAGGAAUUGGUAGAAGCAAGAGCUGUAGGUCUCUGAUGGGUUCUACUAUGUUUCAAGAUUUGGAGAAGGAUGAUUGCACACCACCAAGCAGAAGAUUCAUGGACUUUCCCGGGAGACCUGAAGGGUGUCAAACAAGGGGCUCUGCACUGAACUUUGACGCAGAGAGUGAAACUCUGUCACGGGCAGGGUCAAUGCUUUCUGAAAUUACAACUACAAGGGGAGCACCCAAAGCAAACGGUUCUGUUGCUGGUGACACAGAAUUUACUGGCAUAGGUGAAUUUGUUGCUGAACUGAAAGAAAUGGCUCAAUAUCAGAAGCAACUUGGUGGUCAGUAUGCCAAUGGAGAAGUAGCAGAAGGAACCAUCAGGAGCGUCGGAAUGGAUCCGAUUAUGGAUGGCUUGCAAUCACCUUCAAGAUGGCCGCUGGAAUUCGAGAAGAAACAACAAGAGAUUAUUGACCUUUGGCAUGCAUGCUAUGCUUCACUGGUGCAUAGAACAUACUUUUUCUUGCUAUUUAAAGGAGACCCAGCUGACUCCAUUUACAUGGAGGUGGAGAUUAGGAGGCUAUCUUUUCUUAAAGAUACAUAUUCCAAUGGUGGCAUGGAGAACAAAGUCGUAGCUGGUAGCUUGAGUACCUCUUUGGUUUCGAGUGCCAAGAAGUUGCAACGUGAAAGGGAGAUGCUCUGCAGGCAAAUGCAAAAGCGGCUCUCUCUUGUGGAAAGGGAGAGCAUGUACAGCAAGUGGGGAGUUUCACUGUCCACCAAGAGGAGAAGGCUUCAGGUCGCUCGCCGACUUUGGACCGAAACCAAGAACCUCGAGCAUGUCAGGGAGAGCGCGUCCCUCGUUGCCCGACUUAUCGGACUCCUGGAGCCAGGAAAGGCGCUGCGGGAGAUGUUUGGACUGAGCUUUGCGCCGCAGCAGUCCACUCGACGGUCCAGUAAUAGCUGGAGAUAUGGCCGUUCUUCUCUGGACUGAUUCGCUACACCUUACAAGAUGCAAUUGAACAAAACAGUCUCACCGUUUUCACUUCUUGUGUCUCCCCCACCUUGCUGUCUAUAGAAUAUUAGGAACACGUAAACGUAAUAGUAGUUAUAGAUUACUUAUAGGCCCUUCAAUGUGUUUUAGGUACAUGUUUUCGGCUGGUCCAUGGACCGAUCUUACAGUUACACCAAGUUACAAUGUCCACGUAGUGGACUGGCAUAUUUCACACGCAGCAUUUCUGUAAGUUGAUAUAAAGUGUUCUUCUGUAUUGAAGUGAGAUUUAACUUUUCA